UUGUUUGAAACGUGUACGUGUACAGUUCGAAAGUGCGGCCGGUCAAUUUAUGGAAACAUUUUUUUUUUUAAGUGAAAUUAAAAGUUGAUAUCUAAUUGAGAGCAAACGCAAGAAAAAACAGAAAUUGUGAAAAAAUUUAACAAAAACCAGAACUAUAGCAUAAAAACGAAACAAGAAUGGGUUUUUCAUCGGCCCUACAGGGCCGUGCCGCGCACGAGGCAUUAAUCGUGCGCCAAGAUGCCGAACUGCGCCUCAUGGAGACCAUGAAGCGGUCCAUACAAUUGAAAGCCAAGUGCGAUCGGGAAUAUGCGAUCGGUUUGGCUGCGGUUGCACAACAGGGUAUGAAAAUCGAUCGCGCUGAUGAAAUGCAAGGCAGCCUCAUAACGAAAGCCUGGCGCUCCUACAUGGAUGAAUUGGAUCAUCAAGCAAAACAAUUCAAAAGCAAUGCAGAACUACUCGAAGUCGUCUGCGAAAAGCUGACACAUUUAUCACAGGAUAAACGUAAAGCACGCAAAGCUUAUCAGGAGGAGCAUGCCAAGAUCGCAGCGCGCCUCAAUCAUCUCACAGACGAAGUCGUUCGUAAAAAGGCAGAAUACCAAAAACAUUUGGAGGGUUAUAAAGCACUGCGUACACGCUUCGAGGAACACUACAUAAAAUCCGGUCGUGGUGGUCGAAAGUUGGACGAUGUACGCGAUAAAUAUCAGAAAGCCUGCCGCAAAUUACAUCUCACCCACAACGAAUAUGUACUCUCCAUCACCGAAGCUGUUGAGGUGGAAAAAGAUUUCCGUACAGUAUUACUGCCUGGACUGCUGGAGCAUCAACAAUCCGUGCAAGAAAGUUUCAUUCUACUCUGGAAGAAUAUACUGCAGGAGACCAGUCAACAUGGAGAUCUCACAUCUGACAAAUUCAAAGAAAUACAAAAGCGAAUUGAUAAUGUGAUAAACAGCAUAAAUCCCAGUGAGGAGUAUCGGGAAUUCACUGAGAAACACAAAACCUCCCCCGCCACACCGCUGGUAUUCCAAUUCGAUAACGCACUCAUCGAAGACAUACCUGGCAAACUGCAAUCAAAUACGCUAACAGUCGAUAAUCUUACCGUCGAUUGGCUGCGAUCGCGCCUAAUUGACUUGGAACUCGCAGUGAAGGAUUGCCAGGAGAAACAGCUAAAGAUGAUCGAGCAAGCGAAUGGUGGUUCACCUAUAGCGAAUGGCAGCAUAACGCGUAACGGUAGCACCGCUAGCAAUGGCAUCCAAUCCCCGAAGGAUAGUCAAAAUAGGCAAUCAAAGGACCUCGGUUCACUGCGUUGUCAGGAAAAACAAAAACAAAAGUUGGUGGAUAUGAUUAAGUGUGCUUUAAAUGAGAUUGGCUGCGAAGAGUUGCCAUCUGGCUGUGAUGAUCAUUUGGAACAAAAUUUCAUAGAAAAUAGUUUUAAUAACGAUCAACAGAACUCUGCGGCAUCCACCAAUUCCACUGGCGUAAGUAUUAUGAAUGAACUGCGACGUCGAGGUGGCGUACUCACACUUUUGCGCGGUAGACCUUUCAAACGCAAAUCCACACCGCAGCCGACCACACCCACCGCAAAUCGUACGCGCACGCAACGUUUCAAUAAGCUGCAGCCGCGCUCACAAAGUCUCGGAUCGUUGUCGGUAAAUACUAGUCCCGCGAAAUACGAGCCCAUUACUAACCCUUUGCGCAUGGCCACCAGCCUCGAAGCUAACACCAGCUAUGGUCUGCAUGACAUAGAUCCCGAUUCAAUAAUUAUAUUUGAUCGGCGCGCCGCUACUGCUAAAAUGUUUCCCAAGUUGCGUCGCACGCAGCUUUCAAUGUUGUGUUUGAAUGAAGAGGAAGCGCCUACCGCUUUUGUUAUAUCCAUUGAUACUAACCCGAACGACGAAAUGCACGACGAGUUGAGCGCUCAUAAAACCAACAACAAUAAUAUAUAUGCAGAUUUAUUAGGGGGUUGCGAGUCGUUGGGGGGUGACUGCGACAGUGUUAGGAGCGGCGAAUUGGCGUUGCGACGUCAAGAAAAUGUGAAGAUCGAAAUAAAUCGGGAGGACAGCACAAGGCUUACGAUAGAUCGGGCGCUUCAGUUGCGGCAAGAUGUUGUGGAAAAAAGUGGAUUGGAAGCUGUCUUGGAAAAUAACAACAGUCCUAAGACAGCGCCGACUUCAGCUACUGCGCACACGCUUGAAACGGUGAAGAACUCAAUCGAUGCACAUUUGGACAAGAUCGACGAAUUGAAUCGCACAUUGGAUGAUCGCAUGAAGCGCCACUUACCACAAAAUGCUGUGACGCGGCCGCCGCUAAAUGUCGACGCUAUUGAGGCUGCCGAACCAACAGCAGUUACAGUACGCACGAAAACUGCCGAGGAACAAGAGGCGGCACACUGGUCCUCGAAACGCACGUCCAGUUCGAGCUCAGAUUGUCGUCCUUGUGGAGGGCGCAAGGAAAAGGAUAGUGACGGUAAUGGCAAUAACAAGAAACGCUCUGUUUCGUUCUCGCAAAAAUCCAUAAACGCGCUCAUGACGAACCUGAAAGAGUUCACCAAAAAGAAUGCACAACCAAAAGUGCCGAAGCCAACUAUAACUUUGGUCGAGUACAAAGAGAACAGCGAUCAGUUUGAGCUGAUCGAUCCGGAGCUCGGCAAAGCGACGCAGAGUAAUGGUCGUGGAAAUGAUCCGUCCAUAACGGUCGAUGCGAUUACACAAGGCACACAGGGCACAGUUAGUUCAGACACGAAGCCAAAGAGUAACGGCAAUGCAAACAAAGAAAAAGGUCCAAGUAACAAUAAUAACAACCACAACGACUCAACAGACAAUACAAAUACGAGUACAACAAUGCCAGCGCCAGUAAUGCACGUCGAUGCAACGAAUCCGUCCAAAAACGAACCGCUUGGCAUGUCCGCCAAGCUGCGACUCAAAGUGCCAAAGCUACAGAAAAAGUCUAAAGCCCUGCGUCAAACAUUCCGCGCCAAGCUACUAUAUUUCCAAGUCAAACGCGAUAAAGUAUGUAAGCAGUGCACUAAGCGCCGGCGCGUGCAUCCAUCAAAGAACGUAUUCGAUUUCAGCAAAGACUUUAGUUUUAAAAAAGAAGAAACAAACACGGAGAGCUGUGAUGCGGUCAGUGAAGAAUUCUGCACUUGUCCGCCUGAGAAAAUUUCGAAUAAGAACGCGUUCAUCGAACCAAUGCAUUUCGAUUCGAUGAGUUCAGCCGAUGCUGAAGAUGAAGGCAGCGGUGGUGAAGAUCAGCUCAGCUUAAAGGAGCAUUGUUACAGCGUGCCCAGCUUGGCGAUGAGUAUGUCCCUCUCUACCAACCGUCCACUCUAUGAAGAAGAAUGGUUUCAUGGCGUAUUGCCACGCGAAGAAGUCGUACGUCUGCUCAAUAACGAUGGUGAUUUUUUGGUGCGUGAAACCAUACGCAACGAAGAGAGUCAAAUUGUGCUGAGCGUUUGCUGGAAUGGUCAUAAACAUUUCAUUGUGCAAACCUCCACAGAUGGUCACUUCCGCUUUGAAGGUCCGCCAUUCCCCAGCAUUCAAGAGCUCAUCAUGCAUCAGUAUCAAUCCGAAUUGCCGGUGACGGUAAAAUCGGGUGCCAUUUUAAAACGUGCCAUCUGCCGCGAACGUUGGGAGUUGAGCAAUGAUGAUGUUGUGUUACUAGAGAAAAUUGGCAGAGGCAAUUUUGGCGAUGUUUAUAAGGCAAAGUUGAAAUCAACCAAACAGGAUGUCGCCGUAAAAACCUGCCGCAUGACAUUACCCGACGAGCAGAAACGCAAAUUCCUGCAGGAGGGACGAAUUCUAAAGCAAUAUGAUCAUCCAAACAUUGUUAAAUUGAUUGGAAUUUGUGUGCAAAAGCAGCCCAUUAUGAUCGUUAUGGAACUCGUGCCGGGCGGUUCAUUGCUGAAUUAUUUGCGUAAGAAUUCAAACGCUUUGACGGCACGUCAACAAAUGGGAAUGUGCCGCGAUGCUGCGGCGGGCAUGCGUUACCUGGAAUCCAAAAACUGCAUACAUCGAGAUCUUGCUGCGCGCAAUUGUCUGGUCGAUUUUGAAAAUCAAGUAAAGAUUUCCGAUUUUGGAAUGUCGCGUGAAGAGGAAGAGUAUAUAGUUUCCGAUGGCAUGAAACAGAUACCGGUUAAAUGGACUGCGCCGGAGGCCUUGAACUUUGGCAAAUAUACUUCAUUGUGUGAUGUUUGGUCUUAUGGUAUUUUAAUGUGGGAAAUUUUCUCUAAAGGCGAUACACCCUACUCAGGCAUGAGUAAUUCGCGAGCACGGGAACGAAUCGAUGCUGGUUAUCGCAUGCCAGCGCCUGAAAACACACCGCCCGAAAUGUAUCGCCUCAUGUUGAAGUGCUGGUCCGCCGAAGCAGAUGCACGGCCACAUUUCGAUGAGAUCUAUAAUGUCGUUGAUGCACUGAUAAUACGUUUAGAUAAUAGUCAUUAG